AUGACUACGAACCUCCUAGAUGACCUAAACUUCGCAACCGCGUGUCGGGUAGCAUUUGCUGGGUUCCUCCGCCUCGGAGAAUUCACCUAUAAGACUGAAGACCUUAGCACACGUUCUAUCUUCUCCGCCACAAAGUUAACGCGCUCAGACGUCAGAUUCUCGCCCUCGUUAGACCACGCGCAACUCACACUUAAGCGCAGUAAGACGGACCGCCGUCACGAAGGGGUGAUACCGACACACGGCUAUUUAGGUCAUAGCUUUCGGAAGGGUGCGGCUCAGCAUGCGCACGAUAGUGGGAUACUCGACGACCAGAUUCAGAUGCUAGGGAGAUGGACCUCGGAGGCGUUCAGGGUCUAUUUUACGACGAACGCGUCAGUUCUGUACAAGCUCAACCACCAGUUCCAGACAGGCUCGCCCGCACCGCUGUCUCUGCUGCUUCCACCACCGUCCCCUCCACCAUCCUAG